AUGCGAUUGGACGCUGCUCUAUUCAAUUUAUUAUGCGUGGAAGCAACUGUAAUUUGUCGCUUUGGUCGAUGCUCAAACAACGCUGCUCCAGUGUCUCGAAUGCCCAAUUUUGUCGACAAAAACAGAGCUUUGUCGAACUCAGCAACAAACUUCAAAGCCCAGCCUUCGAUCUACGAUAGUGGGUCUAGUGGAGGCUAUAAUUUUAUGCAAGCAGCUCAAGGGGCGUCAGGGAGAUAUGGCAACCCAAGCUUUUCUUCUGGAAGAAUGGGGAAUCAGCAGCAAGCUUAUGGAGGAGGAUACGGAAGAGGAUAUCAAGGACAAUAUGGUCAGAUAAAUCAGAUGGACUAUGGAAUGAGUCAAAUUUCUUACCCAAAAGCUGCAUCAAAUUAUGCCGGGUCCGCAAAAAGUCCCCCCAAAUUACCAGUCUUUCCUGGCUUAUCCAGCAAUUCGAAUCUCGGAACAAUGAUGAAAGCAAUAGCAACAACCGCAUCAUCAUCAACAACAACGACAACAACUCCCGCUCCAGCUACAACAAAGUCUUCCUCCAUCGAUUUCAACGCUCCCAACUACCCAGAUUCUUCGACCGGAUCAGAUUUUCAGGAUCAAAUGAUGCAGUACAUGCAAGCGAUGCAACAAUACAUGCAAUAUUACAAUCCUCAAAUGCAGUUUCCUCAACAAAAUCAGUCUCCUACCAAUCAAAUGGCUCAAAACAGACCGACAAGCCAAUCAAAUCCUUAUGGAAUUGCUCCCAGAGUCGGCGGGGGGUCAAAAGGACCAACAAAUAUUCAGCAAAUCAGGGCGCAAGCAAAGAAAAUGCAGCAAAUGAAGCGACCAACUCGACCUCCAACGACCACAACUCCAGCUCCAACUGAGAAAACUUAUGCUGACUGGGAUUGUGGCCGCGAUCAUGCCGGAAUUCUCUGGUGCGCUGGAGAGCGAAUUUACGAAAAGAAAGAAAAACCUAAAAAAAAAGCGCCAAAGAAAGUCGACAGCUCGGGUCGAGUAAUUCUGUCAAAAUUCGCCAAAACUGCUUCAUCCGUAAAACCCGCCGCGAAAAAACCCUGGAAUGCGCCAAGACCAAACCUUGGUAUCAAAAAAUCACCGAUCAAAACAAAAUCGACCGGGGGUAUCUUUGAAAAAGGCGGGCCAAUACCAGCGGGAAUCAAGACCAUUCCGAUUUUGUCGAAUCAAAAGUCGGAUAUGUGCAGAAAUCAAGGAGGAUGGGGAGAGCCCUGCAGUUUUGACAUGACAGUCGGUGACGCCUGCGAUGAAAAGCAAUUUUGGUCGGACAAUGGAUACACUCGUUAUAUUGUGAAAUGCGUUCGAUCAAAAAAACGACCCGGUUUUUCUGUACGACUCAAAAUGGUGAUGACCUGCGAAUGGGGCAACUGCAGAAAUGGCGGUGGCUCUGGAUGA